GCAUCGACCAUCUUAAUAUAUUCACUCAUUCUUGCACUGUCUGCCGUAGCGUUGAAAAUUUAUCCCGCUUCUCAACUUCUAUAUUUCACACCACAACUUCGAAAUAAAAUCGUGUUUCCUUACCAGUUGUCAUUCUCCUUCACCUAUGGCGUAUUCAUCCACGGAUCUACCUUUGGAGAAGUUCAACCGCUAUGGCGGGGACGAUUUCAGAGUUCAAGCGUCACUUACGGCAUUUGACGUUCCACUUUCAAAUGAGAGCACUCGAAAUAUAGAGGAAGGAAACGCUGGCCGAGAAAAUACAGAAAGCAGUAUUCCGAGAGCAGAUGGAGGUAGAGAUGCUUGGCUGUUUUUGGCUGCAUGUUUUGUUUUCGAGGCAUUGAUCUGGGGUAGGUGAUCUGUUUCAUGCACGCCGGCCCCAUCACUUUACUAUUCAGACGGAAAUUGGACAUUCAAAUCUUUGCGACAGGAAAAGCGUCAUGGAUUCGACCAGAACCAAAAAUUGAGAUAUCUCUUUGACUAACAGUUAAACAGGUUUUCCUUUUGCUUUCGGAGUUUUCCAGACGUACUACUCCACUCAUCCGCCCUUUGAUAAGCAUGCAAACGCUAUAGCUAUUACCGGAACCUGUGCUACUGGGAUCAGUACGUUUAUUGUUACACUCUCUUUGAUUUGAGGAAACAGGCCCUUUUCUUCUUAUUGAUAAAUACUCACAAGGUGUUAUUAGUGUAUCUUUUUGCACCGAUUUCCCUCUACGUUCUAGAGACCUUUCCAUUCACUCGCCGGCCGUCGUCUAUAGUGGGUCUUUUGAUUGUACUGAUAGCACUCGUUGCAGCUAGUUUCGCGACGCGGAUCUGGCACCUCAUUGUCACACAGGGAGUUUUGUAUGCUAUUGGAGGUAGCCUUUUGUACUCUCCAACGAUGUUUUAUCUCGAUCAAUGGUUUGGUACGUAAUUAUUUCCUCAAUUUUCAACUUUAAUUAAAAUCCCGAACCUUUUCAAUGCCCAAUUCUGUUUCAACUUGCAGCACUGCCAAGCCCAACUUGUUUGUGUUUAAUUCUGUUUGAAUACUUACUACUGUUUUGAUCUCUAAUUGCAUCUGGGUGUCUUAUAUCCUCUAUCCCCUUUAUUUUUCGGAUCGUCCAGAAUCCCUUUCUAUUCGAAAACUACUGACUUUGUAAUCUGGUGCUAGUCAAGCGAAAGGGCCUGGCGCUUGGUGUUAUGUGGUCAGGGUGAGCAUUGAUUUUCACUUCAGCUCAAAUCUAGCUAACUUCAACAGUGUUGGAACGUCUGGUCUCAUAUUUCCAUUUCUUCUGUCGUAUCUUGUUGAUAGAUAUGGAUUCCGCAGUACUCUUCGAAUUUGGGCUGUCAUUAUGUUCAUUUUAUGUUGCCCUUUAAUCUAUUAUAUUAAGCCAAGAAUUCCGGUGACGUAUUCCAGCCAACCGCCCUCAAAAGUACCAAGCUAUACUUUCCUCAGAUCACCCAUUUUCUGGUUCCUGCAGAUCGCCAAUAUUUUGACCUCGCUUGGUUUCUUCGCACCUGCCAUCUAUCUUUCCUCCUUUAGUGCUUCGCUUUCCUUCUCUCCUAUUCUCGGCACUGCACUAAUUGCGCUCCUGAAUUCAUUUUCCGUAAUCGGCGCCAUUUCGCUCGGUCAUCUUUCAGACAUCAGACAUAUAACCACCGUCGUACUUCUCUCGUCUACCUUCUCGGCCCUAUCUGUAUUCCUGUUAUGGGGUAUAUCUACUUCCCUCCCAUCUCUAGUUAUAUUUACUAUUAUUUAUGGAAUCUUUGCCGGAGGGUGGAGUGCCAUCUGGGCCGGUAUGAUAAGAGAAGUUCAACGCGCAGAUGAAAAUGCCGGGUUUGGUGUAUUGAUGGGGUUAUUUAGCGCAGGCAGAGGUACGGGAAGUGUAGUAUGUGGACCAGUUACCGAAUGCCUCAUUCGAUAUGGAGGUUUGAGUGGUGUGGGAGGUGGUUAUGCGACAGAGUAUGGGACAGUAAUCGUCUUUACGGGGGUGAGUGCUGCUUGUGGAUUGAUCGGGCUGGGAGCGAGGUUUGGGAAGACGGAAAGAGGUUGAGUGGUGUACGGGAUGAACGAAACCUAUAUUAAAAAUACCGCUUUUAAAGUUUUAAAUUAUGCCUGAAAUACUAUUUGAUUGUUAAACAAUAAAAUAUUGCAGGGUUUGAUGCGGUGUCUAAAGCAUAAGAAGUCAAUGACAGUCAAGAUCUCCGUCAACGUUUGAAAAUCGAUCUAAGAACAUUUGUGUACAUUCGUGUGACUGUAACACAUAUGAUGAAUUA